CUUUGUUUUUCUCGCUCAGGAAGUUAACUCUGGAAGUGCUGUUUUUAUCCUAUGGAGAAUGUCAGGUGGAUGUGGUGUAGAUGCAGAGCUCCAGCUCAUCUCCAUGGAGGUUUAGUCUCAAAUAAACGGAACUGGAGAGGUUAUCACACUGCUAUCUAGUGAAUGUUCAGAGAUGAUCAUCCAGUGUUCAGUCCAACAGCUCACUCUGAGAGGGUUUAAGGUAAACAUCAUUAAUCAGAGUUUACAGGUUUUAGUCAUUUGCACCUCCAUAAGAACUACUUCUACAAAAAUACCUGAAACUCAAAGAAAUGUGUGCAGCCUUUGUGUCUACACCUAAUGUAUAGACAUGACCCACUGUCUUACUCUCUGUCUUUGCAACAUAUCAAACAUCCUCACGGUGGUUCAGUAGGGAAGUGAAAACUAGUCAAAGGAUAUUUAAAGAUUAAUGUGAUUGUUGUGCAGGAUAAAAGCUGGCUUAUAAACCAGGUUUGUUUGCUACAGUGUCUUGGUUUAAGGCUGUAGAUGUGGUGUGGCUCUGUUUAAACACAUCACUGAGCUGGUCACUCACUAAUGAUGAGUUAUUAUUAUUAUUUACUCUCCUGUUGUGUCAUCCUGUGGUCAAGAGAAGAUAUUUUGACAUUUUUUUUAAAUGCACAUCCUCGCUUAUACUGCUUACUGCACAGGUGUGUUACUCCUGUAUAAUUUAAUGUUACAUCCUGCCCCACAAGCGCGUUCAACUUUCCAGACACAGGACCUUCAGGAGAACCGUCUGCGUCAUCUCCAGGGUGUACGUUCCUAAUGAGGCUCUGGAGAAUCACUCAGUUGUUGUCGAGAAGCAGCCUGUUUUUUCAGCUAGUGCACUUCUCUCAGUAACUUUCCCAGAAUGGGAAAACAGUAGCUCAGAACAGAUGAGGUACAGUCCGUCUCCAAUCAGGUUUAAUGACCAAACUGUGAAGAAAUUUCAGAAGCUCAGUUAUUACUUUAAAUUUCACAUCCUUCAUUAAUCUUAGGUUCGUUAUUCAGCUUUGUGUGCACGUUCUAGAAAGCCGAAAACACAGACAAAUAAUAACUGGAUUUGUUCAGGAAUUUCACUUCUGCAUUGCUCAACCAUGUUUUUCAGCUCACACUGGUUUGCUUCUUCCACCGUAAGACUGUGGGCUUGCCAGAGGUUAGGCACUUACACUUCCCAAACAAUAUCCUCCAUUGUUAAAUGAUCCAUCUGGCUCUGGGAAGAAGCCUCUGAAACGCUGGACUGAGAUCAGUUUUCCCAGUCUCUCAUUACAGACUAUGAGGUUACACAGUGGAGAGUGCAGAGGAAAAGAGGCAUGCUGUAAAAUGCAGCGGUUUUCAAGGGAAAGUUCUGCUGGCCAUUGUGGGAGAACCAGAUAGUUUAACCUUCCCAGAGAGGAAGCUCUAUUCCUGUUGUCAUGAUGGACAAAUUUCCUGCUUUUAGGAGAAAAGGGGGUGGGGUGGAAUGAAGAAACAAUAGACUUCAUUCUGCUUGGACCUUUACAGUGUGUGUUAGAGCAGACAUGCCUAACCCUCCUCCUCCUCCACCUCCUCCCCUGCCAGCACCACCCCCACCCCCACCAGCUGUACUACAGUCCCAAAUGGAGCCUCCUAAACUCCAGAGCUCUGAAGGAGGCCGCAGCGCACUACUGGCGGACAUUCAGAAGGGAAUCAGACUGAAAAAGGUGACGCAGGUCAAUGACCACAGUGCUCCCACCCUCAACAAGCCCAUUGUAGAUGGUGCUACUGGAGCAGGUGGAAGCUCUAGAGUCACUCCCACACAAGGACCUACUCUGAGUGGACUUUUUGCUGGAGGAUUUCCUGUCCUCAGGCCUGUGGGACAGAGAGACAGAGACUCACACAACCGUCCAGUGACUCGGUCCGGUUCUGCAGCCAGCCUGAAGCAGCCUCUGUGGAAUCUGCCAUCUCAGAGACAGAGUUUUAGGGGUAGCACGCCAGAUCUCUCUCCUUCCCACAGAAAUCUGGAAAGCACUUCUUCUCUAUCUAAAACACGUCCUGUCUCCUCCUACACGGCCCCGCCUUCCCCCAGCCAGCCCACGCCUCCGAGUUUUAAGCCUCUAUCCUCUCCUCCCAGUAUGGCGGCUCCUCCUCCUCCUCCUCUUCCUCCAUCACUUCAUCAUGAGCAUGCGAGUCUCAACAAGCCGCUUCCUCUCUCUACCUGUCCUCCUCCUCCACCUCCUCCUCCUCAUAUCACCAAACCCACAUGGUUACCAGUUCAAUCUCACGCCCUUCCGAUACCCACGGUGCCGCCCCUGCAACCACCCCCACCUCCCUCGGUCCCACCUUCCUCUCCUCCUGGUGUCUUCCACCCUCUGUCUCCCAAACUAGUAGAUGUUAAGUUUGGUAACAUCAGAAAUAGUCCUCCUCCACCCCCUCCUCCCUUUCCUGCCUCUUUGCCCCCUCCUCCACUUCCCCCACCUCCUAAAGCUGCUGCAGUGCCCCCAUACCGCCCUGCAGUUCCUCUGCUGCCCCCCUCUUACCCCUGCACAGCCCCCAGUCGGAAGCCUCCUGCAAUACCAACAAGCGCAGGUGCAGGCCGAUUGGCUCCUCCUCCUGCUCCACCAGCUCGUUCACCUACCACUGAGCUGUCCAGCAGAAUCCCACCCCCUCUUCCACCUCUGCCCCUGGCUCCGCCCGUCUCAGUCAGGAACGGACACCUGCACAGCUUUGAUGACUUUGAAUCCAAGUUUCAGUUCCACCCAGUUGAAGAUUUCCCUCCUCCUGAAGCAUUCAGGCCCUUUCCGAGAAUAUACCCAAGCAAAGAGAACAGAGUGUCCUCACAAGCUCCUGGCAGGAAGACCUACUUACGAUGAAGAACAGAAGACUGUGAUGUUUGGUGCUGACUUUCAUCAAGCCACAUUUAUCACCAUCUUAGCUGAUGAGAAGGUCUAACAUCAUAUAAAGCUGAUUUAUUUCAGGACAGAGCUCAGGAUACAGUCCAGUAGAACCUCAGAAUUUGUGUAGUGUCCUCUAAGCGUUAAUGCUCACCUCCGUCUGCUGAUGCUGUGUCUCACUAAAUGCGGUCACUGUAUACUACUGAAUUUCAUUGAUGAGUGUUAAUCAAGUUGAAAAUCAAGAGAGAUCAUGUGCAUGUUUGUCAUUUUACCUAACUGAUCUACCGAGUUUCUGUUAUUUCACAUGAUCUUCAUCAAGAAUCCUCACUCUCUCCACACGCAGUGUGAGUGUAUGAAAUAUGAGCACAGUAUGCUUUAUGUCUUUUUUGUCUGUGUGCCACUUUAGGACAGUGUUUAUAUGUGUGUGUAAAAACGUCAGACACUCAGAGAAACAGUGCCACCUGCUGGAGCCUGUGUAAAAUUCACAACUCAGAGAUCCGAUUCUCAUCGGAUUGUAUUUGCUUUAAAAUAAUAAUAAUAAUAAUAAUAAUAAUAAUAAGGCUGACCAUUUUGGCUCUUAUCUCACACACACACACACGGUUAUGACUAAUAGACACACACAGUGGUUUUUUAAGUCCAUGUUUGCACUUUAGAA